GAGGAACUCUUCCGGGUCAGAGUUUGAGGUAGCAUUUGUGCCACUUUCAGGAGGCCGGAAUGGAGACAGCUGUUCGAGGAAUGCCUUUGCAGUGCCCUCCUAAGCCGGAACGACUCAACGCCUAUGAGCGCGAGGUGGUGGUGAACAUGUUGAACUCGCUGUCACGGAACCAGCCGCUGCCUCACAUCCCGUCCCGAUGCGGGUGUGUGGAUCCUCUGCCCGGCCGCCUGCCCUUCCAGGGUUAUGAAAGCCCUUGCUCCGGCCGCUGCUACUGUCUACGUGGGAUGGACUACUACGUCACCGGAGCACCCUGCACAGAACGCCGCUUCCGGCCUUUGUGCAAAGAGCAGCCGACUGAGUGUAUUGCCCUACGAGCACCCGCCCGGAAUGCAAUGUGCUGUUAUAACUCCCCCGCCGUCAUACUACCCUUGUCCGAACCUUAGAUGGGACACAAGUCACUUCAAGAAGACCGGUGGCCCCCAGAGAAACAACUAUGUUGUCCACCCUGAGUUUGUGUCUGAAACCUAUCCUGACUGCUACUUCUGGUAGACCCCAGGCUGGCGGGGCCAAGGGGGCUGAGCAGUAAAUAAACUCUUCGCCCC